AUGUCGAGAUCUCGUCAAUCGGUUUUACCAGUAGCCUUCCUGGCUUCUAUUAUCCCACGAAUACACACUUUGCCUUUAGUCUACAGGGCAACUACCGGUGGUGGUAAUGCUCACCAACCACAGGAACCUAAUUAUGGGGAUCGAACCACUUAUAUGAUCAUUUCCUCAUUUUUAGUAUUGUUGGGAGGUGUGUUUGCAGGUCUUACCUUGGGACUUAUGGGUCAAGACGAAGUUUAUUUGAAAGUUAUAAGUACUUCUGGUUCACCAAAGGAGCGAAAAUUAGCCACUAAAGUUCUGUCAUUAAUCUCCCGUGGUAAGCAUUGGUUAUUAGUUACGCUGUUGCUUUCUAAUGUGAUUACGAAUGAAACCCUGCCGAUUGUGCUUGACCGUUGUCUAGGCGGUGGUUGGCAAGCAGUCGUAUCUUCUACAGUUCUCAUUGUUAUAUUUGGUGAAAUUAUACCUCAAAGUGUAUGUGUGAAAUAUGGUUUAGAAAUUGGUGCAUUUUUCACUCCAUUUGUUCAAGUUCUCAUGUAUGUCAUGUUGCCAGUUGCAUACCCUGUAGCGGUUCUUUUGGAUAAUAUCCUAGGUGAAGAUCAUGGUACUAUGUAUAAGAAGUCAGGCCUUAAGACUUUGGUUACAUUACAUCGUACUAUGGGUGUGGAAAGAUUGACUCACGACGAAGUUACCAUCAUAUCCGCAGUGCUGGAUUUGAAAGAAAAGGAAGUACAGGAAAUCAUGACCCCAAUUGAAAAUGUGUUCACCAUGAGUGCGGAUCGCAUACUUGAUGAAAGAACUGUUCAAGAAAUAUUUGAUUCUGGAUUCUCACGUAUACCGAUCUGUUUACCCAAUGAACCGACAAAUUUCAUUGGGAUGCUUUUAGUCAGAGUUUUGAUUUCUUAUGACCCUGAAGAUGCACUUCCGGUUUCCCAUUUCCCGCUAGCGACGUUACCAGAGACUGCCCCCACUACGUCAUGUCUUAACAUUUUAAAUUAUUUCCAAGAGGGUAAAUCUCACAUGUGCGUUGUGAGCAGAGAUCUGGGGUCAUCUACUGGUGCCAUUGGUGUUUUAACGUUAGAAGAUGUUAUUGAAGAAUUAAUUGGCGAAGAGAUUGUUGAUGAAUCUGACGUGUUUGUAGAUAUCCACCAACGUACUAUACGUGAACAACCAGGUCCAUUGAGCAAACGCCACAUUACAUCCUAUUUGCAUCGUCUUUACACCAAUUCUAGUAAAAGACCCUCCAGCGAUUUUCAAGAUGGUGAAUCUCAAGCUCUGCUUAACCAUGCAGGUUCCAUUCCCAACUCACUACCUCAUUCGCCAACUCACUCUUACACAGAAGGUACUCCGCAUAAUUUACACCACUCUUCCCCACCUCAAGGUAGUAAUGAAGCGGGCCAGGGACCUUUGGUACUACCUUCUAACCCUGCUGCAAAUCCAUUGGAUGUCAAUAAACCUUUUGUUACUAUCAAGAGGCCUAAUCCAACUUUAACCGCUAGAUCUCCGUCAACGUACGGUACCUCUAGACGAGCAAAACCACUUGGCAAGGAAAACAGUGAUUCAAAUAGUCAACACGAAGCUCAACAGCUACCAGAAGAAGAAGAAACUGGUAACGAUGCAUCUGCUUCUGAAUCAGACAAUUCCAAUGGAAAUGAUCCAAUUGAUCAUCAUGUGAAAGCAUCCAACAAGGCAAGAGAGUUUACCCAGAAGACAGGCGCUCCAAUUCAAGUCACAACAAGUUUGGGACCUAAGAAGGAAAAAGUCUAUCCCCAAUUUAGCAACAUUAACGUUCAUGAGAAACCUGAUAACACUUUACUAUCAUCCUCGUAUCAAUCCACUAAACACGGUAUAGUGGAGUCAAUAAUUACAGUUAAAGGUGUUCCUAAAACAAUUAUUGAACCGGCAAAGAACUGGGAUGAAGCUCCGAGAACCAGUGAGGAGUUAGAAUCACUAUCUAGAGAGGGACUCGAGGCAAGGACUACUAAUAAUAAUGACGGAAACCACACCAACGGUAAUAAAAGUUCUAAGAAAUCACAUUCCAAGAACAAACAGAGUAGUAAAGGAAAAAGUGGUAAGAAGAAAUCUAACAGAAAACGUUGA